CCGGGGAGGCGGCCUGGGCGCACAGUAAUGGCAGCGCUGUGAGCGGGGGAACGCGAGCUGACAGCCGCCGCCGCCGCCGCCGCCCACCUUCCUCGCCGCGCCGGGGGGCUCCGUCCUUCACUCCUUCGGGCUGUCUCCCCUUCCCUGGGUCCCAGCCCCUCGGCCCGCUCCUGCCGCAGAUUUCAACACUAAACUUGCACAAUGUCUUUGAAACCAAGAGUUGUAGAUUUUGAUGAAACAUGGAACAAACUUUUAACGACAAUCAAAGCUGUUGUCAUGUUGGAAUACGUCGAAAGAGCAACAUGGAAUGAUCGCUUCUCAGAUAUCUAUGCUUUAUGUGUGGCCUACCCUGAACCCCUGGGAGAAAGACUUUAUACAGAAACGAAGAUUUUUUUGGAAAAUCACGUACGGCAUUUGCAUAAGAGAGUUCUGGAGUCUGAAGAGCAAGUACUUGUUCUGUAUCAUAGGUAUUGGGAAGAAUAUAGCAAGGGUGCAGACUACAUGGACUGCUUGUAUAGGUACCUCAAUACCCAGUUUAUUAAGAAGAAUAAAUUGACAGAAGCUGACCUUCAAUAUGGCUAUGGUGGUGUAGAUAUGAAUGAACCACUCAUGGAAAUAGGAGAGCUAGCAUUGGAUAUGUGGAGGAAAUUGAUGGUUGAGCCACUUCAGAAUAUUCUUAUUCGAAUGCUGCUCCGAGAAAUAAAGAAGCUAGAACGUGUACCGAUGAGAAAUGUAGACCAUCAAAUUACAGAGAACAUGGAAUCAUUAAACUCUGGUGACUCCAGUGAUCGUGGUGGUGAAGACCCAAACCAGAAAGUAAUCCACGGGGUUAUUAACUCCUUUGUUCAUGUUGAACAGUAUAAGAAAAAAUUUCCCUUAAAGUUUUAUCAAGAAAUCUUCGAGUCUCCCUUUCUGAUUGAAACAGGAGAGUAUUACAAACAAGAAGCUUCAAAUUUAUUACAAGAAUCAAACUGCUCACAGUAUAUGGAAAAGGUUCUAGGUAGAAUAAAAGAUGAAGAUAUUCGAUGUCGAAAAUAUUUAAAUCCCAGUUCAUAUACUAAAGUUAGUCAUGAAUGUCAACAACGAAUGGUAGCAGAUCACUUACAGUUCUUACAUGCAGAAUGUCACAAUAUCAUUCGACAAGAGAAAAAAAAUGACAUGGCAAAUAUGUAUGUCUUACUUCGUGCUGUGUCCACUGGUUUACCUCAUAUGAUUCAGGAGUUGCAAAAUCAUAUCCAUGAUGAGGGCCUUAGAGCAACCAGUAAUCUUACUCAGGAAAAUAUGCCAACACUAUUUGUGGAAUCAGUUUUGGAAGUCCAUGGUAAAUUUGUUCAACUUAUCAACACUGUUUUGAACGGUGAUCAGCAUUUUAUGAGUGCGUUAGAUAAGGCUCUUACAUCAGUUGUAAAUUACAGAGAACCCAAGUCUAUUUGCAAAGCACCUGAAUUGCUUGCUAAAUACUGUGACAACUUACUAAAGAAAUCAGCAAAAGGUAUGACGGAGAAUGAAGUCGAAGAUAAACUCACGAGCUUCAUUACUGUGUUUAAAUAUAUCGACGAUAAGGAUGUUUUUCAGAAGUUCUACGCAAGAAUGUUGGCAAAACGCUUAAUUCAUGGGUUAUCUAUGUCUAUGGAUUCUGAAGAAGCAAUGAUCAAUAAAUUAAAGCAAGCCUGUGGUUAUGAAUUUACCAGCAAGUUACAUCGAAUGUAUACAGAUAUGAGUGUCAGUGCUGAUCUCAACAAUAAGUUCAACAAUUUUAUCAAAAAUCAAGACACAGUAAUAGAUUUGGGAAUUAGUUUUCAGAUAUAUGUUUUACAGGCUGGUGCAUGGCCUCUUACCCAAGCACCUUCAUCAACAUUUGCAAUUCCCCAGGAAUUGGAAAAAAGUGUACAGAUGUUUGAAUUAUUUUACAGUCAACAUUUUAGUGGAAGGAAACUUACUUGGUUACAUUAUCUUUGUACAGGUGAAGUUAAAAUGAAUUAUUUGGGCAAACCUUAUGUAGCCAUGGUUACAACAUACCAAAUGGCAGUUCUCCUUGCCUUUAACAACAGUGAAACUGUCAGUUAUAAAGAGCUUCAAGACAGCACUCAGAUGAAUGAAAAGGAACUGACAAAAACGAUCAAAUCAUUACUUGAUGUGAAAAUGAUUAACCACGAUUCAGAAAAGGAAGACAUCGAUGCAGAAUCAUCAUUUUCAUUAAAUAUGAACUUCAGCAGUAAAAGAACAAAAUUCAAAAUUACUACAUCAAUGCAAAAAGACACACCACAGGAAAUGGAACAAACUAGAAGUGCUGUAGAUGAGGACCGUAAAAUGUAUCUCCAGGCUGCUAUAGUUCGUAUCAUGAAAGCACGAAAAGUACUUCGGCAUAAUGCCCUUAUUCAAGAGGUGAUCAGCCAGUCCAGAGCUCGGUUCAACCCUAGUAUCAGCAUGAUUAAGAAGUGUAUUGAAGUUCUGAUAGACAAACAGUACAUUGAACGCAGCCAGGCGUCAGCAGAUGAAUACAGUUACGUAGCAUGAUGUCUCCUCCGGUCUGGUACGAGAAGAUCAUUGCCAUCGCCAUUUGGUGUGUUCCUGUGGGGAAAAGCAGGCCUGCGCCUCCAUAAUUUGGUCAUUUUGCAGUCCCUGUUUUUCUGCUGUUUACAACAUCACCAGUGCCACGUCAUGAGCGUCAGAGAAAAUGCCUAGAGAUAUUUCAAGCUCAUGUCAUUAUGACAUUUCUCAAAACUUUAUUAAAAGAAUGAGUGAAGUAUUGCUGAAAUGUGGAAAUUUGGUUGGGUACCAUGCUUUUUCUCCCCCUCACGUUUGCAGUUGAUGUGUGUUUUUUUUUUAAUGUAUCUUAAAGGACAUAAAAAUCUUAAAUAUUGUAAUAUGACAGAUAACCUAAUAAUUGUAUCUACAUUAAAAUGACAAACAUGAUAUUGCUGCUUGUCAAAUAAAAAAAUAAAGAUAUAGAAUGCC